GGCGCGUGCAAGGGAGAAGCGGGUUUGUUUUUGAAUCUGCGGAGGCGGCGGCGGAGGCAGCGGCGGCGCGGCGAGUGGGGAGCGCGAGACUGAGGCGGCAGCGGUGGGGACGGCUGCGCGGGACGACUCUGUAGGACGGAACUUGGUUCCUCCUGCCUCAUCUCCCGCCCCGAAAGAUUCAAAAUGGAUAGUAUAGAAGAACCUCAAAAAAAAGUCUUUAAGGCUCGAAAAACAAUGAGAGUGAGUGAUCGUCAGCAACUUGAAGCAGUGUACAAGGUCAAGGAAGAACUAUUGAAAACUGAUGUCAAGCUGUUAAAUGGCAACCAUGAAAAUGGAGAUUUGGACCCAACCUCACCUUUGGAAAAUAUGGACUAUCUUAAUGACAAGGAAGAGGUGAAUGGCAUUGAGGAUCUUUGUUUUGACCCUGAAAAAAGCAAAGCAGAAUGGAAAGAAACACCCUGUACCUUAAAUGUUCAUGUAAAAAGCAAGCAGGAUGAUGACUUAAAGUGUGAACCUUUGUCUGCCAAUAAUGUAAGUCCAGAUCUAGCCUCUAAACUGACUGCUGAACCAUCUUCUGGUGAUCCAGCUUCUGAUCUGGCUACUGGAGGUCUGGGGUCUGGAGAUUCUGUCUCUGGAGACCUGGCCUCUGAAACAUUAACCUCUGGUGAUCCUGCUUCUGGUGGCCCUAUCUCUGGAGAUCUUGCCUCUGGUGAAACAGUCUCCAGUGAACUGGUCUCCAGUGAGCCAGUUUCUAAUGAACUGGUCUCCAGUGAACCAGUCCCUGGUGAGUCAGUCUCCACUGAACCAGUCUCCAAUGAUUCAGCGUGUGAUGAUCUGGCCUCUCAUGAUCUUGCCUCUGAAUCACUGGCCUCUGAUGAUCCAGGCUCUGGUGAUCUGACUUCUAGUGAUCCAGCUUUUGGUGAUUCAGCCUCUGGUAAUCCAGCCUCUGAUGAACCAACUUCUGAGACAGCCUUUGACCCCACCUUUGACCCAAGUUCGGUACCAGCCUGUGAACCAGUUCCUGAAACUGAUAGUACAGAGCCCAAUAGCAAUAAAGGUGAUGAUUUUCUUCAACAAAAUAGAGACAAUGAAAAGUUAGAUCAAGUUUUCUCAUUUGAUGAGAAAAAUAAAGCUGAUAGUAAUAGUGAUGCUGAUGCAGAAGCUCUUGAAACAGAUGAUACAAUUAUUUGUUCAGAUCUGUCUCCUGAAAAGAAGUUAGAAGAAGAUACAAUCACAGAAUCUGCUCUUGGAGAGGAGGCUAUAUCUAGCAGUGUGGAGAUUGACCACAGUGAAAAGAAUGAAGAAGAAAAUUCUGCAGACCUUAUAGAAACCAUUAGUGAAGAUGUUAUAAAAGAUGACAAAAAUGAGAAUAUCCUAGAAAAUACAGAUUCUAUGGAGACAGAUGAAAUCAUUCCUAUUUUGGAAAAGCUUGCACCUGCUGAAGAUGAACUCACUUGCUUUUCUAAAGCUUCUCUCCUUCCAAUUGAUGAGUCAAAUCCAGAUUUGGAAGAAAAGAUGGAAGGUUCUUUUGGUUCACCAUCUAAACAAGAAAGUAGUGAGAGCUUGCCAAAAGAAGCCUUCUUGGUCCUCUCUGAUGAAGAGGAUAUCUCAGGUGAAAAGGAUGAGUCUGAAGUUAUAUCACAAAAUGAGACAUGCUCUCCAGAACAAAUAGAAAGCAAUGAAAAGGACAGCAAACCUGAGGAGGAAGAGCAAGUAAUACGUGAAGAUGAAAGACCUUCUGAGAAAAGUGAAUUCUUUAGAAGAAAACGUUCUAAGUCAGAGGACAUGGACAAUAUACAGUCCAAACGCCGUCGAUAUUUGGAAGAGGAAUAUGAGGCAGAAUUUCAAGUAAAGAUUACAGCCAAAGGAGAUAUAAACCAGAAGCUACAAAAGGUUGUACAGUGGUUACUGGAAGAAAAAUUGUGUGCACUGCAGUGUGCUGUAUUUGAUAAGACAUUGGCAGAAUUGAAAACACGAGUGGAAAAGAUUGAGUGUAACAAGAGGCAUAAAACAGUUCUUGCUGAACUACAGGCGAAGAUAGCCAGGUUAACCAAACGCUUUGGAGCAGCCAAAGAAGAUCUUAAGAAAAGACAAGAAAACCCACCAAACCCACCUGUAUCACCAGGAAAGUCUGUAGUUGAUGUCAUCAGCAAUAACAGUGUGCCCUACAGAAAUACAAACACAGUGAGACAGAUGUUGGAGUCCAAAAGAAAUAUAAGUGAGAGUACACCGCCAUCUUUUCAAACCCCUGUGAAUACAGUAUCUUCAACCAAUCUUGUCACUCCUCCAACGGUUGUCAGUAGUCAACCUAAAUUGCAGCCUCCAGUGACUUCAGGUUCUCUGACAGCCACAUCAGUUCUUCCUGCACCCAACACAGCUACAGUAGUUGCUUCAACUCAGGUGCCUAGUGGAAAUCCCCAGCCUACAAUCUCUUUACAGUCUUUACCAGUGAUUUUACAUGUACCUGUUGCUGUAUCCUCCCAGCCUCAGCUCCUCCAGAGCCAUCCAGGGACUUUAGUGACCAAUCAACCAUCAGGCAACGUUGAAUUCAUUUCUGUACAAAGCCCACCUACAGUGAGUGGUCUUACCAAAAAUCCAGUGUCUUUGCCAUCUUUGCCAAACCCGAAACCAAACAACGUUCCUUCUGUGCCCAGUCCUAGUAUUCAAAGGAAUUCUCCUGCCAGUGCUGCACCAUUAGGGACAACACUUGCUGUACAGGCUGUUCCAACAGCACACUCUAUUGUACAAGCCACCAGGACUUCCUUACCUACAGUAGGCCCAUCAGGACUCUAUAGUCCAUCAAGUAAUCGAGGUCCUAUACAGAUGAAAAUUCCAAUUUCUGCUUUUAGUACUUCAUCUCCUGCAGAACAGAGCAGCACUACCACCACAAGAAUUGAAAACCAGACAAACAAAACAGUAGAUGCUUCUGUUAAUAAGAAAGCAGCCGAUAGCACAUCACAGAGUGGAAAAGCCACAAGCAGCGAUUCAGGUGGUGUCAUUGAUCUCACAAUGGAUGAUGAAGAGAGUGGAGCUUUACAAGACCCUAAAAAGGUAAAUCAUACCCCUGUGUCAACCAUGAGUUCUUCUCAGCCUUUAUCUCGACCGUUGCAACCCAUCCAGCCGGCACCACCUCUUCAACCAUCUGGAGUGCCAACAAGUGGACCAUCUCAGACAACCAUACACUUACUACCUACAGCUCCAACCACCGUGAAUGUAACACAUCGUCCAGUGACUCAGGUGACCACGAGACUCCCUGUACCGAGAGCUCCUGCAAACCACCAGGUGGUUUAUACAACCCUGCCCGCACCACCAGCUCAGGCUCCCCUGCGAGGGACUGUUAUGCAGGCUCCUGCUGUUCGGCAGGUCAAUCCCCAAAACAGUGUUACAGUCCGAGUGCCUCAAGCAACUACAUAUGUUGUAAACAAUGGAUUAACCCUGGGAUCAACAGGACCUCAGCUCACAGUGCAUCACCGACCACCACAAGUGCAUACUGAGCCCCCACGCCCUGUGCACCCAGCACCCUUACCAGAAGCCCCACAACCACAGCGUCUGCCCCCUGAAGCUGCCAGCACAUCUCUGCCUCAGAAGCCUCACUUGAAGUUAGCACGAGUUCAGAGUCAAAAUGGCAUUGUACUGUCCUGGAGUGUUCUGGAGGUGGACAGAAGCUGCGCCACUGUUGACAGCUACCACCUGUACGCUUACCACGAGGAACCCAGUGCCACUGUACCCUCACAGUGGAAGAAGAUUGGCGAAGUCAAGGCACUUCCCUUGCCUAUGGCAUGCACUCUCACCCAGUUCGUGUCUGGCAGCAAAUACUACUUUGCAGUACGAGCCAAGGAUAUUUACGGGCGUUUUGGACCUUUCUGUGAUCCUCAGUCAACAGAUGUGAUCUCUUCUUCGCAGAGCAGUUAAACCUUGGAGCCUUUCUGUCUUCCUCUUUCAGAAGUUCUACUUUUUGGUCUUGUUUUAAUCUUGUGCAUGAUACCCAUUGUAAAAUGCACAUUGUGCAAGAUUUCUUGGACCGAUGUAUAUAUACACUACAUUUGUUUAUAAUCAGAAUAAACUCAGCCCAUAAAGCAGGAUCUUUUCCUGAACAAUUCAGGCUUCAAGGUUUUGAAAUGUAAAUGUGCACCUUGCUUUAGUUUUGAGGCUGGGGUAUAUGUGUGGUGUGUGCUUUUCUGUAUUUAUAUGUUUAUUACAGUGGAAUCUCCCAUUUUCAUUCUCAAAUUUACCUCUCUUCCAGUGUGAAGUAAGUAGAUCAAAGGAUUUGAGGUAUGUAUCUGGCAUGAUUCUGCUUCUACGUGAUCUGUAGGUUUAUAGAUAGAUGAUUUAAACUGACUCCAAAUGGAACCCAAAGAAAAAAUAAAAAGCAAAAUGGUCAAAUAGUUUAAAAUAGGUUAAUUUGAACACAGGAAAAGAUCUUUUCAUGUUUUCUUUUGUCUUUUCUGGGUUGUCAAUCGAUGAAAAAGAAUUGCAGUGGGCCCUCCCUUUUCUAAUCAGAGAUUUUUUUCCAUUUAUUUUUGUGCCUUAAGGAUUAACUGCAGAAGUAAACAGGGCCAUUUUUCCAUUGUGGUUUACUCUUCUCUGUCAACCUUUCAUCCUCAUUUCUCCUUUCUCUCCACCAAAUGUAGCACAUUUCCCUCAAGUAAAUUUUAGACCAAGGCUUUUAUAUGUAGUCUCAUCAGUGACAUCAUUAUAUUUAACUUGCUCUUUUCUCCCAAGAAAAUUAAUGCUUUUUAUUUCUGGUCACUAUUUAACUCUGUGUAAAGUGAACCAAAAGAAGACCACAUUGUAUAAGCCAAUUUCCCUUCAAAUAUAUCUUAAUAUCUAUGUUGCACACUGUCUUAGAGAUUAUGAAAGCAAUUCUGGUUUACCUUAUCACCCAAAGCAUACCUUAUCACCCAUAGUAUUCUUUCAAAGAAAGUAAAUAGUAAAAUUCACAAAAUACAGUAAGCUAAACUAUCAAGGGAAAGCUCCAUUUCUUCUUUAUCCUCAUAUCAUUCUUCCUGUAUUAAUCUUUUCUUUUGAUGGUGCUAAGUUUUGUCUGAUUCUGAUUUAAAGUAUAUCCUUUGGGGUCAUUUAUAUAAGAAUGACUUUACAACUUCUGUGCAUCUCUGUUCCUCUUCAAAGUUUUAAUCAAACUUUGGUCAUGGAUUUUCUAUUUGAGUGCCAGUUAUACUGGUAUCAGGUACGUGUUGGAGUGUAGGUAGCUUAAGACAGGAGAGAUGGCGUAAUUUGGGGGAUGAGAGUGGGGUUGGCGAUGCUUGGAAAGGAAUUUAUGGAGUUUGUGGAAUACAUUUUCAAGCCAUCUUCCAUAUCAUAUUGGAAAUCAUAUUCCUGCCUUCUUAAAUGAGUUAGUCAUUAAUGUAUGACUUAUAAGAGGGAACUGUCAUUUCCAUAUUAAUGCUUCUUUGUUUGCAACUUCAAUGGCUUGUAAUAGGAAACAUUCUACUUGUAAAGAAACUCUCUUUAGAGACUUUUACUGGUCACUGUACUGUCAGGUUGGAUGUGAAGUUUGAUUGAUGUGGAAGAAGGCCUACAGAUUGCCAAAAGUAAAUGCUCCAAAAUCUUCCUUUUGCUUUCAGAAAAUAUACCACAAUGAGAAUUAAAAUUUCCAUGAGUCAUAUUUGCCAACCAGCUAUGUAGGCGUUACUCAUUGUGGGUCUAAUGAUGAUGGUAAAGAAAUUGCCAAUGUCAUGCCAAUGAAAAAUUUUAAAGGGAGAAAUUGAUGAUCUUCUAGAUGUAUGUGAGCAUCUGUCUUAUAUCUGCAUGUACAUACGUUUUUACCUGCAAUGGUUGCAGUGUUGAUUAUGUGUUGAAGAUCAUUUCAGUUGACAGAAUAGAAAGCCCAUGUUCAAAAUUGUCCUUUAUUGACCGGUUUUAUGGUCAUGUGAUAAUUUGCUUAGCUAGCCUAGAAAGCUUCCCUUGGUGAGUACUUUAUGUUUACUAAUCCUUUUUUUUUUAAUUAUGCUUUAAAAAAAAAAUUAUGCUUUCAUAGCAUUAUAUAAUCAGGUGAAGAAAGCCCAGUAGAAUGAAAAUAUUAUUUUGACCUAUACUGUGUGAUUUCUGUCAGAGAAAAAAGAAAUAACUUAAAUAGUAACCCUAAAAAAUAGAUUUACUACAGUAAAAUAAAACUUUUUAUUCCAAGUGGUGGAGGGAAGGUACAAAGAAAGAUUGUAAUUAUUUGAGGGAAAAGAUAUUAUAAGAUGGUUUCUUUCAAUUAGCCUGCCACAGAAUUUAUAGGCAACAAUUAUGUUGGAGUUACCAGUGGGUGCUACUUGAAUUCUAGGUUUUUAUUUCAGGCAGGUUUUUUAAUGUUGAAGAGAGCUUUCUGUUUGGUUUGUUUCUUUAGAGACAGAGAAUGGAGGGCUCAACUAGAAAUAGCUACUGGGCACAUAUUUUUUAAUAGCAAUCACACUUCAUGGUACCUUUUUUAAUUUCACAGUAUCUUUUCUCAGAGUAUUACAAAUAAGCUUAAUAAUCCCAUUUUGGGAAUGCAAGUUUGCUACUUUUUUAGUCUGACAAUACUUGUGUAAGUAUUGCCUUAUUGGAAAUCCUGGAAACUUCUGAUACUUCAACCUGAAAUAGAGGAUGUUUAUAUGACGUUUAAAGGUAAUGGUGAUGUUUGUUACUGUCUACUUUGUACUUCGUCAGAGUAAUUUUCACCCAAUUUUAAGUGUGACUAAGCCUCACAUUUUAAAAUUAUAUUCUUGCCAGUACAUUUAUAAAGUAUAUACAAAGACAUCUGUUGGUAACAGGUAACUUUAUGAGGUAACUAUAUCCCUCUAUUUCUCUGGACUCACUUUUUAAAACAUGCAGAAUACUGUGUGCUAUUUAACAAAGUCGAAGUUCAUGAGAGAAAUGAAGAGCAGAGCUUGCUUCCUUGAAAAGUGAAUGUUUGUUGGGUUGCCAUUUGCCUCACAGACAUGUGUUCCCCACUGUCCCAACCCCCAUUGCCAGAUAGGAAAUGAAAAGUUUGAUUGAAUAAAAUGACCUCAAACAAGGAGCUUAGGACCACCUGUCAGCAGAACUCCUUAGGCAGGCUGCACCAUACAGUUAUCUUCCUGUGGCCGAUAAGUGUUAACGUGGGUUUUUUUGUUUGUUUGCUCUUUUGCUUGUAUUUUCCAAAUUAUUGUUUAUGCAGCAAGGUGUUAAUAUUGCAUGAUAUGCAUUUAUCUUGUUCCACAAAUUUUCCAGUACUGUAAAAGAUUAACAGAAUAAUGCCUGCAUUAUCCUCUUCUCUCAUUUGUAUACACUGUGAUGUUGGCACAGUACAUUAUCGCAAAGACUUCCAAGUGUUCUCCCAGACUUUCCUUGUGGGGCUAUUUCAAUAUCCUGUGAUUUAUUCAUUAUUUUAACUUAAUCAUUGACCAGUCAUUGGCCUGUUUUAUUCUGAUUUCCAGAAAGACCAUGUCCCAGUAUUAGAUUAUUGCAAAUAACUCUAUUUAAAACCAGUGUAUAAUUCUGCCUGCCUUACUCUCUACUGGGUAAAUGAUGGCCCCUCCCCUUUCUGAAAAUUUUGGGACAAACAAAAAAAGUUAGAACAAUUCCUGUAAAGUGUUUCAUUAGUGUGGCAGGUUUAUCCAAUUCCAAAAACUUAUUUUCCUUGAGCCAGCCAAUGGGGAGGAAUAGAAUGAUACAAACACGUGUUUUGUCUUCUCAUCUUCAGUUUUAUCAUGCUAAGUUUGUCAUUCUUUAUUUUUCACUUGUAGAGUCAAAUACCCACCCUUUAUAUUUAAUUGCUAUCUUAAAAAAAAUUAUUUUUUUGUAAAUAAGAUAACUGGGCAAUCAGACAUCAUUUGGGGAAUCCUGGCUUUAGAAUUUUAUCAGCCAUUUUCAAAAUUAAAUAUAAAAAUAAUUCCUUUGUAGGAAACUUGCAUCCUAAUAUUUCUUUAUUACAGUUGAAAGUGUAAAUAAUGACAAUGUAAGACCUUCUGAUGUCUAAUAGAGACUGGGCUGUAGCAAGUUGCCCUAUUUUUAUUAGGUUUUGAAGGUUUUUGUGGGUUUUUUUUUUUCUUUUUUAAAUGUACAGUAGAGUGGUGUCUGUAUAAGUGUUAACUGUAGUGGGAUUUUGUCCAGCAAGCCUGAAAUUUAUACUUUGAAAUAAACUACUGGGUUUUUAACAUUC